UGCAGCGUGGCUGCUUGGUCCUGCGCGCGGGGUGGCGCCCAGCUCCCUCCUCCCCAGGCUCCCGCCCCCUGCCGCCGCCCCAGACCCAAGCCCAGCCCGCCCCGACUGGCUCUCUUCCCCCACUCGCUGCCUCCACCCCCCGGGCGGUGUGAGAGCUGCGUUCGCGUCCGGGCCGGCAAGAUGGCGGCAUCGUCGGGGUCCAGCGGCGCCGAGCUGCCCGGGACUCUGGGGGAGUCGGAGGGCGCGCCGGCGGGGACGCCUCGCGCUCUGGCCCCCGAGGAGAUCGCCCGCAGGCUGCGCGGAACUAGGCGGGAGCUGAGCAACAGGCGCAAGAUCCUGCUGAGGAACCUGCCCUCCGAGAGCAGCAGCCAGGAAAUCCAUAAUUUAUUAAAAGACUUUGAAUUGAAGUACUGUUAUGUGGACAAAAAUAAAAGAACAGCUUUUGUUACUUUGCUGAAUGGAGAGCAGGCUCAGAAUGCAAUUCGGUUGUUUCACCAGUACUCCCUUAGAGGAAAAGAAAUCUCAGUGCAACUUCAGCCAACCGAUGCCCUGCUCUGCAUUACCAACUUACCACGCUCCUAUACAUUGCAAGAGUUUGAAGAGUUGGUGCGGCCCUAUGGCAAUGUUGAAAGACACUUUCUGAUUUAUAGUGAAAUCACUGGGUAUUCGAAGGGCUAUGGUUUUGUGGAAUACAUGAAAAAGGAUUCUGCAGCUAAAGCUAGGCUGGACCUUCUAGGGAAACAAGUAGGUGGGAAUGCCCUUUUUGCUCAGUGGAUGGACGUCAACCAGUUAACUCCAGAACUCAUACAUUCAAAGUGCCUUUGUGUGGAAAACCUCCCCACAGACUACACAGAUGCAGAGGAUCUGAUGCAAACUUUUUCGUCGAAAUAUAACCCUGUGUUUUAUCAGCUUGCUCAGGAUGAAGAUAGCUCGGUUGAUGGCUUUGCAGUCGUUGAGUAUGAGACAGCAGAGCAGGCAGAGGAAGUCCAGCAAGGGACAGAUGGCUUGACUUUCAGAGAGAAAAGAGUGCAUGUAUCUUACUGUGCUCCGGGAGCUCCAGGGCGUGGAACUCUUGCUACACUUAUAGCAGCACAACGCAUGAUGAGGAACAACAGAAAAGGUUUGCUUCCUGAACCAAAUGCAGUGCAGAUUAUGAAAAGCUUAAAUACCCCAGCGAUGUUACAAAUGUUGUUGCAACCCCAGUUACAUGGAUGUUCUAAUAAACUUGUCCUUGGAGCUCCCAUGAGUGUGGCCCACCUUGUAAACCCAUCAAUCAACCCAGCCUUUUUGCAUUUCAACAAUGUUCAUCAGGGACCAGUUCUUGGAAAUGCAUCUAGUUUGCUGCUACAGAACCUUUCCAAUUUACAGCUGGCACAACUAGCGAAGCUUGAGAAUAUUCAGACAAAUAGUAAACCAAGUUUGCUUGGAGAGCCUCCAGCUGUGCUGCUUCAGACAAUGUUAGGAAUGGGUGCUGUGCCAUCAGUGACUACAGACAUGGGGAGUCACGGAGAAGCACGCAAUUUAUCUAAUCGGACUGCAGCUCAAACGCCGGUUGCAACAGGGAUUGGCAUGCUGCCCUUCUUUCCAAAUCAGCAUGUAUCUGGACAAGCAGUGCCAAGGCAAAACAACACGCAGGACAAGCUGUCAACCGCAGUAGGACUGACAGAAGGCACUGGCUCAGGGUCCCAGGGUUAUCUGCAAAGCUUACCAAAUGUCGCUGCUGGAGGCCUACGGGCAGGACAUCUCAAGCAACAAGGCCAGGCAAAGAGCCCUGAUUCAAGCUUGGGGAGUUCUUCAAAAAACCAGACCUCUCUACUGGGAGAACCUCCCAAGGAAAUCCAUCUGAGUACCAAUCCCUACUUGAACUUGGCAAGUGUGCUGCCUUCAGUCUGUCUUUCAGCAGCAAUUGCCAGCAAAGCCAGUAAUACUAAGCAGCAGGCCGGACUUUCAAAUAACUCACUCAGUGCUGCAGCUGCUCAGGGAACCACAGCACAACAACCGGUGGAAAGCUAUUUUAACUAUUCACCACAAUAUGAGGAUUACACACAGGAUUCAGUCCAGCAGUGGUAUCAACAAUAUGCCCAGGCAUACCAUACCAUCCAAACUAGAGUAGGGGAAUUAGAAAAUGGUGGCUCAGAGGAAUCUGAUAGUGGAGUGUAUGGGGACUUCAGCAGCUACUUGCAAGUCAUGCCGUCAUAUUACGCUGCCACCCAGGGGUCCUUCCAUCCAGGCAUUUUGCCACUUGCGCCUCAAAACCAACUGAAGAUGACACCAAUAAGAAAUGAAAAGCGGGGCUCUUCGUACCUCAUCACCACUCCAGAAGAUGGCCCAGUGGAAUACGUUGGUCAGCAAACUCAGGGCUCGGGAGUACAUUAUGCAGAAUUGUAUCUUAAAAGAAAACGUGUUUAUUAAGAUCAGCAUCUUGCUUGGAGUCAAAGCCACAUUCAUGUCAUCCUUAGCUUUCACUUUUAAUAUGUAUUGUAGAUAUUGGAGAACCAAUCUAUGUAGUUUCUCUGAGUAAAUUUGUGUGUGGGGAGCUACUAAUGGCAGAUUACCCUCCAGACUAGUUUCUAUGCAUUGAGUGACAAUUAAGUUAUUUCUUAAGCUCUUAAAGAAAUGGCAGCUUUGCCCCCUUGAGAAUGUCUCUCGAAGCAAUAAAAUAACAGUGAGAGGAAAUGUUCUUGCUGGAAAAGUUGCAGUGGUAGUCUUAAAGAAACAAUUGUGUUGGGUUUUUCCUUCUUCUUCAAAGAUUUAGAUUCUUGGCUGCAAAGUUAAAUUCAUGUUUAAUCCUGAUAGCAAUAUUCCUUUAUUGGCUUUAAUGGGGUUUGCAUAUUGGAUUACAGCCCAGACAAUGGUUAGGUUGAGUAUAAUCAUUGCAGUACUGUCUAGUCAAAGUAGGCAGAUCUUUUCUGGAUUAAAAUAAUAAUAAAAUAGCAGUUGUAGCUGCUAAAGUGGAAGUAUGCUAGGAAGAUAUCAACGCACUUCAUUAAAAUAAAUGAUUGCUGGCAA